AUGUUGAGGCGACGCCUCUCCGCCGGAGCCCUUCGCCAACUCCACUCCCAGGCCAAUGCCGCUCGCAGCGGACCCGCCGUCACACCGGCUUCCAAGCAGGCCCGCGCUACCAUCACCCCCGGCCAGUCGACCACUACCCAGAGCAAGUCGCUCGCAUCGGGUGUCCUUCUCGGUACCCAGCGCAACUGGAAGGGCGAGAACGUUGCGACUCUCAAGGCUGAGCUCAAGCGUCGUAACUUGAGCCAGCUGGGAAACAAGUCCACGCUGAUUGCCCGUCUCACAUCUGCUGAGACUUCGGCACUCCUGCCACCGGUCCCGCCAGUUUCCAAGGCUGCUCCUCCUCGUGCGCGUCCCGUCAGCACCACCACGGCUGCCGCUGCCCCUGUCGCUACCAAGCCCGUUUCGUCGCCGGCGCCAUCUACCCCGCGCGCGGUCCCCGAGGCUGCCAAGGUUGGCAAUGUGCUCUCCACUGCCGGCGACAGUGACGUCGAGUCGACGCCCACUCUUGUGGAGCCUGCCGAGGUUCCCCAGGAGGUUCGCACGUCUGCGCCAGGUAUCCCUAUCAAGCCCGGUACCAUCCCGAGCAAGGCUCUGGACAUCAAGUUCCCUCAGCCCAGGCCUGAUGCUGAAGUGGACCAGACCAUUCCUGGUCUUCCCCAAGACUUUACCAUCCGUGCCAAGCCCGCGCAGCCUUCCACCCAGUCGACUGGCCCCACGGUCGUGACCGUCGCUUCUGCGUCGACCCACCCCGCUGGUGGUCCCGUGUCGCCUUCGAGCGAGGUGUCAGACAGCCAUGCGCUGGAGUACGACCCCCGCCCUGACGAGGCGGCCCUGUUCAACCGCGAGAUGGAGUCUGGCGCCAUUGCCGCCGACGACACGCUCACAGCACUCAAGAUGCAGUUCCCCGACAUUAAGAUGCCCGAUAUCCAGAACAUCGACGAGGUCGUGUACCAGCCCUCGUCGCGCCCCCUGAACGACGAGGAGCGCAGCGGUGCCUACCUCCUUGUUAGCGGUCUGGUAACGGUCGUCGCCGUUGGAUGGAUGAUUGAGAACUCGAAGAGCAAGAAGCGGGCUGCUGCCAAGGAGGCCCACGCUCACGGCGAUGCCGCCGCUGCUGCACCUGCCAAGAAGGAGGAGAAGCACUAG